AUGGCCAAUUCAAAUUCUCAAAAUGUUAUCCGCAGGUACGAUUACGGCGUAUCAAACCCCAAGCGCCUCGACCAACCCUUGCAUUGCUCGUGCACCAACCCGACGGCCAAUUUCUACUCGCCAAAACUUGUCAUUAUCGGUGAUGGUGCCUGCGGAAAGACUAGUUUGCUCAGCGUGUUCACCUUGGGCUACUUCCCCACGCGAUAUAUUCCGACUGUAUUCGAAAACUACGUCACCGACUGCAGAGUAGAUGGUAAAUCAGUUCAAUUGGCCCUGUGGGAUACAGCAGGACAAGAAGAUUACGAAAGACUACGGCCGUUAGCAUACUCAAAAGCACAUGUCAUUUUAAUUGGCUUCUCGGUUGACACGCCUGAUUCCUUGGAGAACGUGAAGAACAAGUGGAUUGAGGAAGCGACCAGACUAUGCGCUGGCGUCCCCAUCAUUCUCGUAGGAUUGAAAAAGGAUCUACGAGAAGACCCGGUGGCAAUCGAAGAAAUGCGCAAGAAAUCCCAGCGAUUCCUCACGCCCCACGACGGAGAAAUGGCUGCUCGAGAAGUUGGUGCGAGGAGAUAUCUCGAAUGCUCCAGUUUGAGCGGUGAGGGAGUUGACGACGUUUUCGAGGCCGCCACACGUGCCGCUCUUUUGACAUUUGAGAAGGGUGAAGGAAGCGGGUGCUGCGUCGUGCUGUAA